AUGUUCCCUACACAUGAGUUCGUGGAGAUCCCUGAGAUCUACGCUGAUGGAAUUCGUCAACCGCUUCGGGGGCCCGUUGAUGCAGAUGAUGACCUACCACCGCUCAACCUUCCACCUGCCUUGGAUGAGCUCGACGUGAAUUUUGAAGAGAUUGACCUGGAUGACCCACAUGUCCCAGCUUAUAUGCCCCGUGAGGAAGAUUCCUGGGACUACAUCGUCGAACCCCUCUUGAGUGCACUGAUACUCCUACAAGGAGUUCCCUCCACCUUGAUCAUGUCUAUUCAUAUCCUGCUUCUGAAUCUCUACUGCAUUGCUACCGGUAAUGAUAGGCUGUUUCUUCGGCGACUCCUCCCAGUUGUUGUCGUUUAA